AUGGCACCAGCCCGCGUGUUAUCAUCCGAUGCGUGCACCAUCGCAGACAACAACAAUGUCAAAAGCAGCAUCAAGAGCGGACACUCUACUGCCAGAGAGGCACUUGAAGCUGCCAAAGCACGCUUCACGGAGAGAAACGCCACGAGCUUGAACCUCCACAACGAAGCCGUGAAAAGCUUACCAGGCGGAAACACCCGCAGUCUCCUCCACACAGCGCCCUUCCCCGUCUUCCUCAAGAAAGGUGACAGCUACCAAGUCUUCUCCGAAGAUGGCCACACAUACACCGACUUCGUCGGCGAAAUGACCGCCGCCCUCUUCGGCCACUCCCACCCCCUCAUCACAAAGACUCUAGUGAACACUAUUACCGACAUCGGCAUGAACCUCGGCGGCACCUCUCGCUUCGAAGCCCAGCACGCCGCACUGCUCUGCUCGCGCUUCAACCUCGCCCGCAUCCGCUUCACAAACUCCGGCACAGAAGCGAAUCUCCACGCCAUAAACGGCGCAAAGCGCCACACGGGAAAGCGCAAAGUCGUCGUUUUCACGGGCGGGUAUCACGGCGGGUGUUUCAGUUUCCCCGCCGACGCGCCUGCUGAGAACUGUGUCGACCGCGAUGAGUGGAUUGUCGCAGAGUACAACGACGUUGCUGAUACGAAGGCCAAGAUUGAGGAGAGUGGGGAUGUAGCUGCCGUGUUGGUGGAGGGUAUGCAGGGCGCGGGGCCGUGUAUAGUAGGGAGCCACGAGUUCUUGCACCAGAUUCAGGAGUCGGCUAGGAAGGUGGGUGCGGUGUUUAUCCUGGAUGAGGUGAUGACGAGUCGGGUUUCGGAGGGGGCUGCAGAAGUUGGAGGGCUGGAGCCGGAUGUUACGACGAUGGGGAAGUAUCUUGGGGAGGGAUUACGUUUGGGGCGUUUGGGGAGGGAGGAGAUUAUGAGGGUUUAUGACCCAAGAGAUGGUGCGGCGCUGGCGCACUCUGGUACGUUUAAUAAUAAUACGCUGGGUAUGGUUGCGGGGUACGUUGGUAUGUCGCAGGUGUACACCCCCGACGUGGCGCGCGAGUUCAAUGCGAUGGGUGAUAGGCUUCAAGCGAAGCUGCGGGAAAUCAGUCACGGUACGAAGAUGACUGUCACUGGGCGGGGCACAGUCAUUGGCAUUCACUUCCUGGAGGACGGCAAGAAAGAGUUGAAGAGCUACAGAGAGAGGAAAGAUGAGCAUGAGUUGAAGGACCUGUUUUGGUUCGAGAUGAUGGAGGAUGGGUUCUGGAUCUCGAAGCGAGGGAGUAUUGCACUGAUUCUGGGAACGCCGUGGGAGGAGUUGGAGAGAUUUGUUGGGUGUGUGCAGAAGUUUUUGAAGAGACAUGAGGCUUUGGUGAAGGUGUGA